AUGCGCGAAGCGAAAGAACGAGACCAUCGUGUGGUGGGGAAGAAGCUGGAGAUGCUCUUGUUCGAUGGGAAUUCUCCGGGGAAUGUGUUCUUUUUGGACCGGGGCUUGUUCACGUAUUCGCGAUUGGUUGAGUAUUUGAAGUCGCACUACUUGCAAGAAUACGAAGAGAUCGCGUCGCCGUUGUUGUUUAAAUCGAAUCUUUGGAAGAUUAGUGGGCAUUACGACCACUAUCGAUCGAAUAUGUUUCAAGUAAACACACGAGAUGACAAAGACGAAGAAACCUUCUUAAAACCCAUGAAUUGUCCUUCCCACUGCAUCGUUUACGCACACAAAGGCAGAUCCUAUCGGUCUUCGCUGUGGCUUGCCGUGACUUCUAGCGAUCUCCCCAUCCGCUACGCGGAAUUUACUGCCAUUCAUCGCCAGGAAAACUCCGGAGCGCUCGGCGGACUCACACGUCUCAACAUGUUUCAUCAAGACGAUGGGCACAUCUUCUGUCGAAAGGACCAGAUCAGCCAGGAAAUCAGCACCUUGUUGUCGACCAUUAAAUCGCUCUACAGCAAGCUCGGCUUCGAUUUCUCCUUCGUUCUCUCCACACAGCCCAGCGAUUCGGUCGGCCAGAGCGACGAAUGGAAAGACACCGAGGCGCAGCUCCGCUCCAUUUUAGAAAAACUCGGUCUGGACUACUCCGUCGAAGAGGGAGACGGCGCUUUCUACGCUCCCAAAAUCGACGUUUUGAUCCAAGAUAGCAUUCGUCGCUAUCACCAAUGCGGAACCAUCCAACUCGAUGUCCAGCUGCCCAAGAAGUUCGGACUCAAGUUCCGAAACGCGGACGGCGAGUUCGAAACGCCCGUUCUGAUUCAUCGAGCGAUUUAUGGCUCUCUGGAGCGCUUUUUGGGUGUGUAUAUCGAGCAUUGUAACGGACGAUUCCCGCUUUGCUUCUCGCCGUAUCAGAUCGCCUUGUUGCCUGUUUCGGACCCGAGCCAUUUGGAAUUCUGCAGAGAGGUUGCUGAGCAGCUGACGAACGGGAACAGCGAUAAGCUGCGAGUGGAUGAGAGAAUGAUGGGUAGGUCGUUGGGUAAAAGGAUCCGGGAGUGCACAAUGAAGCAUUACAAUUAUAUGGUGACUGUCGGAGAGGAGGAGGUGAAGAGCAAGACACUAUCGGUUCGAUCGAGAGGAAGCAAGGACAUCCAGCACAUUUCAGUGCCGUCAUUUAGGGAGAAUCUCCUCGCUGAAUUGGAUUUGUAA